UUUUCUUUCUUUUUCUUUGUGUGCGCUUCUGUGUAUGGGCACUCAUCAAUCAAAGGGCGCAACAUUAAAAAAGGAAACUCAGUUUUUAAAGAUAUCUACAACCAACAGUAAGAAGCUACUUAGGAAAAUAUUCAAAAAUAGCACGUCCAUAACUAUGUCGACCAAUACAUCAAUCGAGACCAAUAGUGAGAGAAGCUCUUUAACAAGUCCAGGAACCCAAUCCUCCUCUAGAACACAGACUCAAUAUAUAAGCGGGAAAAGUUAUUAUGAUGAAAAAGUAAACUAUGUACUACCAAACAAUGACGAUGAGGUGGAUCGACUUCAUCAACAGCAUUGGGUAUUAAAGUACAUUUUUGGUUGCAACUACCAUGCCCCAAUUCAUGAUUUGUUGGAAAAAGGAAUUAAAGUACUUGAUUCUGGCUGUGGCCCUGCAACCUGGUGCUUUGACAUGGCAGAAGCUUACCCCAAUUCCAAGUUUCAAGGCAUUGAUAUCUCCCGCGUCUUUCCGGAAAGCAUAAAGCCAAUCAAUGUCGAAUUCGUGAAUGGGAAUAUUGCACAACUUCUUCCAUUUGAAGAUAACACGUUUGAUUAUAUUCAUCAGCGAUUACUUGUAGGUGGACUGACGCGUACAGAUUGGGAAAAUAAUCUCAAAGAAAUUUAUCGCGUGCUUAAACCUGGAGGAUACGUCGAGUUUGCAGAGCCUGAUAUUAAAGACCAAAUUAAUCCUGGACCAUUGAUACAAAAGAUCCAGAGUACAAUGACAAACAUGUUACUUUCACGCGACAUGUGUCCUAAAAUCGCAGUUGAGCUUAAUGAAAAACUGGCUGCUGCCGGAUUCGAGGAUAUUACAGUGAUCGAGAAAGAAUUGCCCAUGGGCCAUGAUGAAAAAAAAGGCGAGCUUUGGUGGCAAGAUUAUAAGCACACUACCCAAAAUUUAAGGCCGGCUAUGUCCAUGGUCAACCCUGAGCUAGAAGAUCCUGAAAAUUUUGCAUCAUUCCUGGAUGAAUGUAGGCAAGAGUGUGUUGCGAAUAAAACAUCCUUUAGGUGGGUGAUCACAUAUGCUCAAAAAUACAAGAUUUAAGUCAUAAACUACGGGAAAGCGAAGCACCUUUCCAUAUAAAAAAUCACCUUUUCUUAGUUACCCUUACAUUCCUUUAAUGAAUAAAAUAUGUAGUAUACUAUCUUAUGCAUAAGGCUACAUUUAUGAUAUGC